GCGCGGCCGCCCCUCGGUCGACGGGAGGCGUGGCCGUAAAGAGGCACGGCCGUGUCGCGAAAGGGGCCGCAACGCUCAGGGCGCUGGUUGACGGCUGGGACUCCAUUUUGUUCGCGGCUUCUCUGCUCCAGACGUCGAUACCGCGGUUCCGGAGAGGCGGGGAGGAUGCGGCCCUUGGACGUCGUCGAGCUGGCAGAGCCGGAGGAGGUGGAGGUGCUGGAGCCCGAGGAGGAUUUCGAGCAGUUCCUGCUGCCCGUCAUCAACGAGAUGCGGGAGGACAUCGCGGCGCUGACCCGGGAGCACGGCCGGGCGUACAUGCGGAACCGGAGCAAGCUGUGGGAGAUGGACAAUAUGCUCAUCCAAAUCAAAACGCAGGUGGAGGCCUCGGAGGAGAGCGCCCUGAACCAUCUUCAGAAUCCCGACGAUGGAGUCGAGGGCAGAGGGACCAAACGGUGCGAGAAGGCGGAGGAGAAGGCCAAGGAGAUCGCGAAGAUGGCAGAGAUGUUGGUGGAGCUGGUCCGGCGGAUAGAGAGAAGCGAAUCGUCGUGAAGGAGGGCGGGCGGUUAACAGCCAAUGGAUUCUGGUCAACUGAUGGAGAUUGGCUGACAUCGUUGAGAAGCUGAAACCAGAGAGCCUUUUGUUUUCUCUCUCUCUCUUUCCCCCCCCCCCCUCUGUCUACACUCUGUCCUCACUUACACUACGUUUCCGCAAUGGUCUGUGGUUGAUGACCUCACUAUAAGUUUUGACUGUUCGAUGUUUUUGUUUGGGAAGGUAACUUUUAUUUGGAAAAUGCUCUCACACGAGAAUUAGGGCCUAGAUUGUAAGCUUUUGCAGCAGUCACGUUUGUUCCUGGGCUUUGGUUAUUUCUAAAUUUUGAGGCGCUUUGCCCUUUCUUGUGUGACUUGAAAGCUCCCUGGGACUUUGAGUCUGUGUCACAUGAGACGCAAGAGUUGGAGUUUUCCAGCUCUGGAGGUGCCCAAGGCGCUGGGUUACUUCUAGAAGAGUACUUCCUGCGGUAACUGCUAAAGAAGCUGAAGAAGGGACCAGACUUGGACUUGGAAUGUGAAUGGGGCUGAUCUGGCUAGGACUUGAUGAAUCAGAAGAAGGGGUGGAGGAGGGUAGUGUCUGUAUUUUGGGACUUUAAUUUCUGUGUGAGACCAAAGGAGACGAGAUGUAUUUUGUUCGAAAUUUACAUUUUGUAUGGUACACUAUCUGAUGUAACUUGUCUGGUCAGUUUGUUUAGACAACCCAGCUCAGCUUUAUGUGACGUGGAACCUAGAAUAGGAGACAAGAUCUUGGUAUUCUGUACAAGAUGAUGUGCAUCUUGUACAAGAUGAUGUGCAUCUGUACAAGAUGAUCUGCAUCCCCUGAUGCAUCUCGGGGAUUCUGGGCAUAAAAUGAAAGAGAUACUCGCAAAGGCUCUUGAGGGGCAGGGAAAGGAAAGGAGGACUGUCUGCAUUGGACCCUAAACUGGACAGGGACUAGGUAUUUUUGAAGUUCAUAAGUUGUCCUGCUCUAAGUUCAUUUGAGUAGCAGACCUGACAAGCAUUUGAGGUCAAAACCCUACCAUGUGUAAUAAAAAGAAAAAAAAAAAAUGACCAUGUUAAUAAAAGUAUUCAUUUGCUUGAAAAGACAAAA